AUGUACCAAAACUCUGGUAAAGGAACUGAAAAGGUAAACGAACCGACCAAUAAGGGAAAGGAAGACAAAAGAGGAGAAGAAGAAGAUAAAGAAACACCUUAUAUGCCUCCGCCACCAUACAAACCACAUAUACCUUAUCCUCAAAGACUCGCUAAGUCUAAAAAUGUAGGACAAUUUAAGAAAUUCGUAGAACUUCUGAAGCAACUUAAUAUCACUAUACCGUUCACAAAAGCCAUUACACAAAUUCCUUCAUAUGCUAAAUUCCUUAAAGACAUCUUAUCUAAUAAGAAAAAGCUUGAGGAUAAUGAAAGCGUUAUGCUUACUACUGAGUGUAGCGCUAUUAUUCAAAACAACAUGCAUCCUAAGCUGAAAGACCUAAUUAGUUUUUCCAUACCAUGUGUAAUCGGAAAGUUUAUCAUAGACAAAGAUUUAUGCGACUUAGGAGCCAGUGUUAAUUUAAUGCCUUUAUCCACAUGCAAGAAACUCAAUUUAGGAGAACUAAGACCAACGAAGAUGUCUCUACAACUAGCUGACAAUUCUGUUAAAUUUCCAAUAGGUAUGCUAGAGAACAUUCUCGUUCGUAUAGGUCAAUUCUAUAUUCCCACUGACUUUGUACUAAUGGAUAUAAAUGAGGAUUCCCACAUCCAUAUUAUUUUAGCCCCAUCUAUAGAAGAUUCAUGUUGUCUCUUAGACGUUAUCGAUGAAUGUGUGAAAGAAAUGGAGAGGGAAUCAUCUAAGUAUACUGAAGUACUAAAGAUUCCAGCUCCUCCUAUAUUCAAAGACGAUAAUUGGCAUGAGCCAUACGUAGAUGACAGUUUGAGGGAAUGUCUAGAACUAGCACCCAAUCCAAUGACAUGCCCAAAGAAACCUUCUAUAGAACUUAAAACACUACCCAAAGACCUAAGGUAUGAAUUCCUAGACACUGAACUUGAAUGA